GGGGGCGGGAGGAGGAAGGCGCUGGCGGGCAGUGAUGGCGGCGGGUGAUGGGGACGUAAAGCUAGGCACCCUGGGGAGCAGCGGUGAGCGCGGCGGCGACGGCGGCGACGGGAACCCUGGCGGCGCGGGAGCAACGGCGGCGGGGAGCAGUUGGGUGACGGCGCUGCUGGCGACGGGCGGGGAGAUGCUGCUGAACGUGGCGCUGGUGGCGCUGGUGCUGCUGGGGGCCUACCGGCUGUGGGUGCGCUGGGGGCGGCGGGGUCUAGGCGCCGGGCCCGGGGCGGGCGAGGAGAGCCCGGCCGCCACGCUACCACGCAUGAAGAAACGGGACUUCAGCCUGGAGCAGCUGCGCCAGUACGACGGGGCGCGCACGCCGCGCAUCCUGCUCGCGGUCAAUGGGAAAGUCUUCGACGUGACCAAAGGCAGCAAGUUCUACGGCCCCGCGGGCCCAUAUGGGAUCUUUGCUGGCAGGGACGCCUCCAGGGGGCUGGCAACAUUCUGUCUGGAUAAGGAUGCACUUAGAGAUGAGUAUGAUGACCUCUCUGAUUUGAACGCCGUGCAAAUGGAGAGUGUUCGAGAAUGGGAAAUGCAGUUUAAAGAAAAAUAUGAUUAUGUAGGCAGACUCCUAAAACCAGGGGAAGAACCGUCAGAGUACACAGAUGAGGAGGACACCAAGGAUCACAGUAAACAGGACUGAACUUUGUGAACAACCAAAGCCAGGGGCCUUCAGAACUGCAACUCUUACUCCUUUCAGAGAAUGUCCAGUCUUUGGGUGUGGUGCACCUGCUGUGAGAAACACUUCACCAGAGUGUACACUGUGAUGUGCUUCACUGAAGAUCUGAAUAUGAGGCAUUCAUUAUUUG